CCCCUGAUAUGUGCGUAACGCAGAGUCCCAUGCGCUUCCAUUCAUUAGCAGCGCGCAGGAGGGUGUGUGUAUGAGUGCGUGAGUGUGUGUGUGUGAGCGUGUGACACACGGGAUGAAGAUGAUGAGACUCCACUAGGACAAGUGAACCUUCUAGACUGGAUACAUUUCGGGAUCGGACCUGAUCAGCGUGUCUGCGCUCGGACUCUCCAUCUGCGUCUAUUAACCGGACACAUAUCUGCGUCUAUAAACCUGACACAUAUAGAAGAAUAUCUGCGUCUAUAAACCGGACACAUAUAGAAGAAUAUCUGCGUCUAUUAACCGGACAUAUAGAAGAAUAUCUGCGUCUAUUAACCGGACACAUAUAUCCUGCACAUAGAAGAAUAUCUGCGUCUCUCUGUAUAAUGCCGACACAUAUGAGAUUUCGGAGAAGGUCAUUUCUCGGGCUUAUAUUUCUCUUCUCGCUCUCCACUUCUGCACUGUACUUCAUCUAUUCAGCUCCUGGCAUAGUUAAUGAGUACCUGUUCAUGGUUCAGGCUCGUGGGAUCCAGAUCCGUGAGAAUGUGAGGAGUAUGGGAGCUCAGGUUCUUGAGCAGAUGGUGCGCAGUGCCUACAACGUCAACGGCACAGACUAUACCUACGAGUUUAACUCAAGUGAGACAGAUGUCCUCAGCACUCCUUACCUCCCGGAGGGCUUCACGUACAAGCCUGAUCAGGUCUGCCCGGAGAAACUGCCCUCCAUGAAGGGCAAGAUGAAGGUGAACAUGAGUGAGAUCACUCUAGAGGAGGUUGAGAGACUGCUCAAGAAGGCAGAUCCAAGUGUGUCACUAGGGGGGCACUGGAAGCCACACGACUGUCUCCCACGCUGGAAGGUGGCCAUCUUAGUUCCUUUCCGUAAUCGCCAUGAGCACCUUCCCAUACUUUUCCGACAUCUGAUCCCAGCGCUUCAGAGGCAGAGACUGCAGUUCGGUUUCUACAUCAUUGAACAGGCAGGAAAUGAACCAUUUAAUCGUGCCAUGCUGUUUAAUGUCGGGUUCAAAGAGGCCAUGAAGGACUUGAACUGGGAUUGUGUAAUAUUUCACGAUGUUGACCACAUUCUGGAAAAUGACCGCAACUACUAUGGUUGUGGUGAAAUGCCGAGACACUUUGCGGUCAAACUCAACAAGUACUCUUACAUGCUUCCGUAUGAGGAGUUCUUUGGUGGUGUGAGUGGACUCACCGUGGAGCAGUUCAGAAAGACAAAUGGCUUUCCCAAUGGAUUCUGGGGCUGGGGAGGGGAAGACGACGACCUUUGGAACAGGGUUCAGUUUGCUGGCUACAAAGUGAGUCGACCUCAUGGAGACACUGGUCGUUACAUGUCUAUACCACACCACCACCGCGGGGAAGUCCAGUUUCUGGGCAGAUACAAGUUGCUCCGUAGAUCCAAGGAGAGACAGAGCCUGGACGGCCUGAAUAACUUGAAUUACUCCCCUCUAGUGUCCCGGAAGAGUCUGUACACUAAUGUGUCAGUGACGCUCAGUCGAGACCUGGCCCCUGUGGCCGAUUACUGACAUCACACAAGAGAGACCCACGCCACACCAUCUUUAUUAGUUAUUUUUUAGGAAGUGUGGGAGGGGAUUCCUUAAAUCUUUAAUGGGCAGAGCAUUUUUAUUUUAUUUUUAAAUGUAUUUUAUUUUAUUAUAAUUAUUAUGUUUUUAAAUUUAUUUUCUACAUAAUUUUUUGAGCUAAAUUUACCACAGAUUUUUAUUUUUUUUUCUUUGUCACUCAUCCACUGUCCAUCUGUUCUGUGAAUGGAUCCGUUCUUAAACUGCUGGUUUACCCUCAUCGGACCAAUCAGAUCCGACAUGUGGUGUGUGUCUUCUAAUCAGACUUCGCCUGGGGGUGAAGUCGCAUGUUUACAGCAUGAAUGAGAAAAGCUAUUGAACAAGUUGAUGACAGUUAUGCUAAACGACUCCAGAAUAGCCAUUGUAGGAGUUGAGGGAUAUGCCCUUUUCUCCGCCAGAAACAAACACAGCUGGUUCUGUGUGCUAGGAUAGAAACCAAUAAAUGCCGAUUAAAAUAUUUAUUAAAUAUAGAAUAAAUAAGCAUGCACUGAUACUUACGGUAGAUACAUCACAGGUUAAGUGUGAGUAUUCACUCAUGAAACGUGGAAACGAACACCCUCGAUCAUUUAAGCUGUACAAUACAAACACACUCAUCUACCAGAAUGCAUACCGUUCAACACAGAGUUUUCUCGACAUUAGCAUGACCCCACAUUAGCUUGACAAGCACAGUGUCCUUUCCUGUGCUCAUGUGUCUUCCACUAAAACAGGAAGCUGAGGCAUACCAAAGGGCUUGUACCUUUUAUAAAUGGCCAGUAGCUAUUAGUUUAUGAUUUGCUACUUGGUAUUUCUAAUCAGGGGCAGGCAGUAUUGAGAGGGGGACAUUCAAUUAAGUUCAAAAUCUAUAUUUAUGGGCUGUUUUCCGUGAACAUAUAUUCUCAUUUGUACAGUGAUUUUUAAUUUGUCUGUCUGCUAAAGUGGGUUUUCUCAACCAGCACAUCAGAUCUAAUAGACAUGGACUAAAGGCCAUAAAACGAGGUCUUAAGAGCCGUAUACAAACCACCGCAAUGCCAGCAAAAUGUGCCUCGGUCUGAAUGGUCAUACAUUUUUGCUCCGUUCACUGGGAUAUGUGUUAUUGGAACUAGAUUAAGACCAGCUGACUUGUUAGUUUUUAGAUUUGUCAAGCUGUAUUUCUGUGGGUCUGCUGGUCGUUUAAAACACUGGAUUGUCUGUCGAGCAAACAUUCUGUUGUCUGUGCUUACAGAGGGGUUUUUCCAUUAGUUCCUGCUUACGUUGUGUAGAUAAGUGUUUCCCAUGCACUGCCCUUCACAGUCAAAUCAACAUGCUUUGCAUUCUGAGCAAUAUGCUGUUGCCUCUCUGCGUGUGUAGUCACCUCACCUCUGAUGACAUUAUAAAACGCUACUGAGUUUUACUAGAGCCAAUAUUUGAGAGUGUUAUUGCCAGGUAAUCUCUUGAACUGAAUUCGGAUGAACUGACUGAGCAACUCCAUUAGAGACACUUUGGGCCUCAUUCGUGAAACCACUUGCAUUCAAGAAAUGCGUAGAAUGCAUGCAAAUAAUAUAGAGAUAGUUUACAUUCGUGAAAGCAGACUGAAUUUCUGUGUCGUCAUUCAUGAAAACAUUAUUGCGCAAUUUGUUGCAUUGAAAUUAAUGCAACUUAUUUUAUGAACAACUCGCACAGAAAUUGGUCCUGCUUGUGUUUUAUAAUAUCCUGAGUUGCGAUGUCCAUGUCAGUCAAUUAUGAAUCAUAAAUGAAGCCCUUUGCUUUCAUUCCACAGUAACAGCACUUUAUCAUUACACGUGUUUAUGUCGUUUAGAGACCUUAGAGGCUUCGUAAUGCGUAUUGGUGAGCGUGUUUGUGUGCAUUCAUCAAUUCACAGAGGCUGGACCUCGUAUUUAUUCAUUCUUUUUUUUAUUAGUUUUAGUUAAUUUUUACAUAUUUCUAUCUUGUUUUACUGUAAUUGUGAUUAUUUUGAGGGAAACUGAUCAAGAGAGAUAACUGUGAUGUAAAAACAAGCACUGAAAUAUGUUUCUUUUCACGUACAAUGUGAGGCUGAUCUUGGGAAGAGAGUCUGUUGCUGUUAAACUGAAUGGACGGCUGUUUCGGAUGAUGACACGAGAGAGUGAGAAAGUUAGAGAGACUGUUCUUGAGCGCCCAGUGAACGUAUCCUGCCCUGAUAACCAAUGGUGCUGACCUCACAGACAUUAGUACUGUGCUGCCGUGGUACUUUUGUUUUGUAGCAGAUAAUUAGAUGGGACUGAAUCUAAUUAUACUCUUGCCUCAUUGACCAUCUCGGCAGCGUAAUCUAUCCGUGUAGCAGGUAAAUUGUGUUUAGCUGGAUGUACGCUCAAGCAGAUCUUUCUAAUGUUUGAUUCUCUCUGUGUUUGACACUCAUGGAGUUUUGCGCCAAUGUUCGGGGUCCUUUUAUCUCGUUUAACUAUUAGCGAUUAAUACUCUCACAUUAAAGUCACCAAUGCAACGUAACAAGAUCCCAGCAUGAUGCCAUAAACCAUGUGACCAAUAAAACGAGCUCAUGCUUGUCAAGUUUGGUUCAAAAAAAGAACGUGUUGCUGUGUUGCACAUCAAAAUACACUCUACAAUGUGCGUCCGUAAAAACUGGGCACAUUGUAGGAAAUUAAGGAUUUUUUUUUUUUUUUUUGGUAUUGACUUUUUAAAGAAUCAAAUAAGGAUUUGAACAUUUCCAAAGAAGUUUCAGUUUAUUCAACAGGAUUUUUUAGGUUUUUUUUUUUUGUUUGAUUCCUUGCUUCCAAAUUACGAUUAAUAUCCGUAAUGAUUUGUUCCUCACUUUAUAAGAGUUUUAUGUUUUGUUUUAUUUCAUGGAAUCAAAGUCUCUUGCUCCUGCUGGGUUAUUUAACUUACAGAUAAAAGAAAAUACAAUACUGAUCUCAAAUCACAGAACAUCCUACUGGUCCUCCCCGAUUUUUCUUUAUGGGCCCCGUCAUUGGCACACUCCAGCCCACUAUAUAACCCAUUCUGCUCCAGAUGAAAUGACAGGGAGGGCUGCAACCCAUCCCUUGAACAACUGGCUGCCUUAAAACCUGUUAAUUUAUUCAAUAUAAUCAUGUUUUUAUUUUUUAUAAGCAAAUAUAUUUAAUAUGUUAAUGUGUUUAUUCACUUGUGCAUAUUGUGUAGUGAGUUUUGGGGGGAAAAAAAGUCAUAUAAAGGAACUUCAAAGAUUGACUUACUAUUAAGAAAGAAUUUGGAGCCCUUGAGUCAGACAAUGAUUUGGUGCCAUUGACCUCUCUGUGAAUGCCAUGAGCUGUGCGAGCAGUAUUUGCUAAUCUAUUCACUCCAACAUUUGUUUAUUUUUAGUCAUAACAGGCCUUAAAUACUCUUUUUAUGAUCAUUUGUGAUGAUAAUUAUGACAUUUUAAGAUCUUUUGUCGGCCAAACACAUUCAUUUUCCAAAUCUUUGCAUCUGGAAAUGAAACAUUCAACAUCAUUUGUAUAAUAUCAAGACAACUGAAAUGUUAUGAGAAAAUAAGAUGUUGUUGUUCAUUAGAAGGGGAUCAGGUCUCCUUGAAGUGAAGCCAUCUGCCACUCGUACAACACGUCUCAGCCUUAGUGUUUCUGUAUGACUUUCAGUAGAGACACUUUCUAUGAUGUGAGAUCUUUUUUUCUAUUAUCAUUGUUGAAAUGACUGAAGUGCACCAAUAAAAGUGACUUUAAGCAAUA